GGAACACAAUUUUAAGUAAACACAUACGUUCUUAAGGAUUUUACGAUAUUAUGACGUCAUUGUGUUUAAAAGAGGUAUCUCUGAACAAUAUUAAUAAAAAUUUAUUAUGAGCUCUAUCCACAGUUAUUAUUUUUUCAAAUCUUGACCAUAUCUGUACGAAAACUUUCAUUAGGGAUUAAAUAAAGAUUUUGUUUUUUAUCUUGAUAUAUUCGAGCAUUUGACAACGCCGCAAUCGUUAUAACAGUUGGAACUAACUUUUGUUGUUUCAAUCUAAUUUUGUAUUCGUAUUCGUAUUGACCUCUUCUGACAAGCUGUCAUUUUUAAGUGAAUAAGUAAUAGUCAAAUCAGUUAAAAAAUAAUUAAACAAACAAUUAGAAAUUAGAAGUAAAUUUAUUCAUUUGAAAAUACCGUCUGUAAUAAAGGGUAACAAACAUUUUUUAUCAUGAUAUGAAUAUUGCUUAAGAUUUUGAUACAUGAAACAGUGGGUUUUUUGUAGUGUUAAAUCAUUGACUAUAAUAAUCGCAUAUCAAUUGGAUUUAGUGACAGGCUUAUAGAAAAGCGUUACAGUGACGGCGGGGAUAUUCAGGGUGGAUUAAUUAACAUAUAUUUAACAAAAACCAUUAUGAACUUAUAGUGACGGUGGGGACAUACAGGGGGAGUUUUUAGUGCGACAAGACCUUAAAAUCACACAUGAAUCGGGAUUAAUGGCACCUUUAAAAAAGUAUUAAGAUGAGCUUAUAUUGAAAUGCGGGGAAUACAGGAUGAGUUUUUAGUGCGACAAGACCUGAAAAUCACAUAUCAAUUGGAUUAAGUGUCAAAUAUAAGAAAAAGCGUUAAGCUAAGUUCAAAAAUGCGGCAGCAGCUAAAUUCUUUUAUGGCUUUCUCGACCAUUUUACAAUCAACCUGCAAAUUUCUCCCGUUUUAUGUAUAUCGACAGUAAUUUUUAUUCGCAAAAACCGGCAACAGCUUUGUUAUGGUAGGACUACCAUCCACAUUGUAAUGCAACGACAGUAACCAGUAAAACGUAGACAGUUGCAGAUUAAAAGCUUUCAGUGAUUUACGAGUAGUUUCGUGUGUUUAUUUCUUUUGUUGUUGAUUAUGUAAGGAAAAAAUACGUCCAUUUGGAUGGAUUGAAUCAUAUGAAUAAUGUUAAUUGGGAUGUUCUUGUUUCAUCGUCAACAUGGAAAGGAUUUUUAAAAUCAAGACGAAAACUAAUAGAGUACUACAAUCACAAUAUCCUUCAGAAAGAAGAUAUUCCGCUUCGAUUGUGAUAGGACUUAGUGUGGUGUUUUUGCAAUUAUGUUUUUACUCUAUAUUGAUGGGGGUUUUGAUUGUACAAAAAUUAACAGUACAAUCUUCUACGAACAAUUCUUUUAACCAAAACGAGACUGAGAUUUCAAUCUUUUCUUCAACGAACAAUAGUGAUAUAGAAAAUUUUGAUUCCGUUACCAAUAAAACAUACAAAAACGAAAUUGAUUCGUAUAGGAAAAUGGAUUCAAAUACAAUUCUACAAGAUUCCCAAACUUAUGUUGACCUACCAACUUUGAUGUGUUCGGGGUGUUUUUUAAUGGCUGCAGGGUUCGCUUUAUGUUUCAUUACUGGUACAAUAGCUUGGAAACGAUGGUACAUUGAUAGCAAUAUUACUUUCUUUUUUGUAGCUUCUACGUUUUCUACAAUAACUGCUUUAAUUGGAUUACUAUUUUCCUUACUAACUUGUUUGAAUUUAAAUUUCAAUUAUGACACUUACAUUUACGAAGCAGCCACGAUUUCCCCUAUAACUUUCAGUUUAACUAUGAAUAUUAUAAUAUUGUCUUUGAUUGGAUUAAUGUGGUCAAUAUUAUCUGCUAAAGUGGCUUAUGUCGGAAUGAGGUCUUCGUAUCCGGAUGAUAUGAUUAUAAGUAAAGGAAGACACGUGGAAGUUUCAACUGUGAAAAAAGGAAACGGUAAAUGCACGUUUCCUUCGGAUAUUCUAGAUCAUUUUCCUUCAGGAGAGAAGCUUGCGAAAUAUUUACCAAAAAAAGAUAGUGGAGAUUUACCGAAGGCUGAAAGUAGUUUAGAAUAUCGACAGAGAGUUGAUAGAUUUUUAUCAGAAGUGCCAGAAGUUGGUAGUGAAAAAUUGUGUACAUAAAAUUAUUUUUAAGAAUUUGAAGUAAAAUUAUGUUGUUUAUGGCGAAUCUCUAGUAUUUCGAAAACAACUUGUAUAGUUUUUUUGAAAUUUUAUUAAAAACUAAUCUUCCUGUAUAUAAUUUUUUGCGGGUUAAGAUAAUAGUUUUCAGUAAUAUUUUAAUCUGUAUAAACUGAAAUUUCAAUAAAUUUUGUUUAUUGUCCAUUUCGCAAUUAUUCAAAUAAUAUUUUGUUGCUUUACUGAUAGAAUAAAGUCUUGAUGUUAAUAAAAUCAGUUCAAAAUA